GGCGGGGUUGGUGGAGUUUUCAAACAGAAGAUGGCUGCAGAUCAGGAUACAGAGGAAAGCGAUGCAGUUUCAAAUUUUACCAUCAAACAAGAGACCUCAUUAAAAAGUCAGCCCAUCAUUUUCAACCCUGACUUCUUUGUGGAAAAACUGCGCCACGAGAAACCGAGUGUUUUCACGGAACUAGUACUGAGCAACGUCACACGGCUAAUUGAUCUGCCUGGCACAGAGUUUGCUCAACUAACUGGGGAAAUAGUUACCAAACUGCCUAGUGGAAGUUCUUCUGCAUCAGGCUUUUUCCGUUCCUUGAACUUCUUGAAGCGUAAAGAAAAGGGUGUUGUCUUUGGUGCCCCACUGACUGAAGAAGGCAUCGCACAGAUUUAUCAGUUAAUCGAGUACCUGCAAAAAAAUCUACAUAUUGAAGGUUUGUUUAGAGUCCCUGGAAAGAAUCUGCGACAGCAAACCUUAAAGGAAUUUCUGAACAGUGGUGUUGAUAUAGAUCUUGACUCUGGUGAAUACCAUGCUAAUGAUGUAGCCACAUUACUUAAAACCUUCCUUGGAGAGCUUCCUGAUACUCUUCUAACACACAGGCAUUACCAUGCACAUCUGAAAAUUGCAGAUUUGGCACUUUUUGAUGAGAAGGGGAAUAAAACCACAAUUCCCGACAAGGAGCGUCAGAUUGAGGCACUACAACUGCUGUUUAUGAUUCUCCCGCCUGCCAAUAGAACACUUCUUAAACUCCUGUUGGAUCUGCUGCACCAGACUGCAAGGCAGCAGGAGAAGAAUAAGAUGUCUGCCUACAAUCUGGCCCUAAUGUUUGCUCCUCACAUCAUUUGGCCAAAAAAUCUUACUGCAAAUGACCUUCAAGAGAAUAUUGGGAAGCUAAACACCACUGUGGCUUUUAUGAUCAAACAUUCUCAGAAAUUAUUCCGGGCACCAGCUUACAUACGUGAGCAUGCUAGACUUCACUUUGCAACCACCAAAGGUGUUCAGUCUAAGGAUGACCUUGACCUUCUUCCUCAAAGCUCCAUUGGUGGUCUGCCUGCUAAAAGAAAUUUUAUUGAUUCAUCUGUUUGCCCACAACCAGAGGGUACGCAACAACAUACUGAAGUGGCUUUGAGAGAACUCUUUACCCAUGUAAACAACAUGCCAGAGUCUGCUAAGAAGAAAAAGAUAAUUCGACAGUUCAAUAAACAGACCAGCUGUAACACUCCAGUGUUUGAUGUACAGACUCCACCAAGGAAGAAACAUGCACGAUCUCGUUCAUUUGGAGGGCUUAUUAAGAGAAAGGUUUUGGGAAAUCAGCUUCUCAUAGAAAAGAAGAGCAAAAGCAUUUCGCCAGGAAUAACGCCUUCUAACACUGGAAAUGUAGGUCAAAAAGGAAAAGAAAAUGCUCUCUUGGCAUCAGAAUCGUGCAUUCAUACAAAGGUUUCUUUCACUGCUCAGGAGUCAACAGUUUGAUUUUCACAUUACUUGAGUUUAUAAAUGUGCUUAUUUUUAUGUUUGUUUGUUUUGUUGAUUGUGAAAGACAAUGCCAUUGAGCCAGUGUAAUGUUGUGUGUGUGUGUAUAUAUGUACGUGUGCAUUUUUUAAGUCUACUGUACUUUCAGCGAGUCCCUUAAUGUGAUAGUGAACUGUUGUGUGAUGUGUUGUCAUUAAGAGUAUUCCAGUUUGACACAUAAUGUGGCCAGUUAUUUGUAGCCUUGUUGUGAUGCACUGGAAUGUUAAAAGGGAGUUUUAUAACACAACAAUCAUUUCAUUCACUGUAAAUAAAAAUUGUUAUAUUGUUAUAUUUCUGUAAUUUUCCUAAAAUUUUGAAAACUGGAUUGGAGAGAGGUGGGUUUUAUUUAAUGUUUUCUUUUUAAUAAAUAUUUUAGUGGUUUAAACUGUGGACAAGCGAAGUACUUGAUAGAGGAUCCAUUUAGUAUACAAGGGAAGUCUUAAUUAACCAAAUUUAAAAUGGUUUUGAUAUUAAAGUUUUUGCAAUUUUUUAGUAUUUAUUUUAAAUAAAAAAUAUAUUUGGUCCAUGAAACAAAAGAUGCGAAAGUUUUUAAUGGUUGUGUAAGUUUGUAAGAAAGAUAAAAGAUGUAAAGUAAUACAGAGUGAUUUACAAGUUUGAAUGUGCAAAAGAGGCAUUGGCUUUAGUUUUUGCAAGUACUGGUCUAUCCUGGCUUUGGUGCCUUAACUGAAAAAACAUUUCUGGAAAAAUCCAGGAUUUUCUACAUUUGAGGUUUCAUCAGCUAUUUAAAUAUAUUGGGAAUAUUUAAGGAUCAUUCCAAUAUGCCUUAGGUGGAUCAGUUUCUUUACUGUACAAAUGUAUGUGAAUUGGGAGCAAGUAACAUGAAAAGUUGAAAUGUGAAGUUUCUGGAGAAAACGAAAGGAAUUAAUUGUGAGCUGUCGCUGUUUUUGAUGGAUUUUUAUUUGUCUAAGCAAAGGGAUAACUUCCAAUUGAUUUUUGUAGUACAGUGGGCAGGCAGAUUUUCCUGUCACUCUAGUUAUUCAAGCAUUCUGUAUGUAAUUUAUUACCUGUCUUAAGAUCCCAUUCACACUUGUGUUGAUACCCCUUCUCACGUUAGAAUAUUUGGAAAUUUUAAGGUGCUCACCAAACCAGGUUUAGUGUUUCUUUUUAACCUUGAGCAACUACCAAAGUGAAAAUUAAAGACAUGGAACCACCCGCAAAAUCAACAUAUAAAGAGCCAGGUACCGAUGUAUCAAAUUUUAGUUCACAUUCAUAUGAUGUUCAUAGAACAUCAUUUACUACUGUUAUGUAUACACUCAAAAAUCAGCAGUCAAGGCUUUGUUCACACACUCCACUCACACAGAAAACUCUUAGUACCUAAAUAAAUUCCAACCAUGGGGGCACUCUCUCCAGGGUUUCACACUUCACCAAUUCAACUGAAGCUCACCCAUGGCUUCAGGACACGCUGCCUGUCUCUGGUUCAUGUUUUUUCUUUUCCACUUUGUUUUUCUUUCGUCGUAGUGUGUUUUCUGUACGUGGCCAACUCAGAUUCUGGAGAGCCACCGUGGCUGCAUGCUUUCAUUCUGUCCACUUUCAUAAUUAGUGACUAGGUUUUGCUACUAAUUAACUUCAUUUAAUUUAUUUGCUUUUUAAGAGUCAGACCUUUUGAAUCAGGACUGAGCAGUGUUGGUCCUGGAGGGCCGCAGUGGCUUCACAUUUUUGUUCAAACCCAGUUGAAUCAUGAGAAGUAAUUCAUUGCUGAUGAAACACUUAUCUCAAGCGACAUUUUUCUGCUUCAUUUUAGUUGUCUCAUUUGUUAAAAUUUUGAACACUUAAUUAUAAAGUAUCUAUCU